AACUUCAAACCACGCGUGAAAUCGACGUCACCUCCCGUGAGGGAACUGAGGCUUUCGGAAAAGUUGGACAUUGGAGAGACAUCGUCCGCUCACCCCAGAUCACAAGCAAAAAAGACACAGUACAUACAUCACAACACGAUAGCACCGCUCUACACCUUAGCAGCACCCAGCAACAAGGAAUCUAUCCCACACCCACCUCAUCACUCCCAAAAAAGCCCCAGAAAUCCUCUUCACACCACUCAAGAUGAUCUCCUCCCUCGACUCCUCCUCCUCACCGCAGCCAUCAACAAGAGGCCCGACCCAGCCCGGCACCGUCACUGCAAACUACUACACACCGACGCUGGAGGAGAAGCGGGUUAUUGAUCAUGCUAAUGGGGGGUUUGUUUGGAAUUAUUUGUUGGGGAUCAGUGCGGGGGUUGCUGCGGGGUUUUCUAUAGUACGCUACCGCAAAGUACGCUGGAACUCGAUGCCCGGAAUCAGUCUCCUCGCCGCCACAACAUUGACCGGCGAAAUUGUCGGCCGCAAACUAGGUGAAGGUCAAGCACGCACAGUCCUCGCCAACGAACUGCCCUCGGACUCCCAGCUCCGUCGCCUGCUCGAGCAAAACGCUCAAGGUAAAGGGUUGAGCAUCCCGUCCCGUGGCGGCGAUGGCACGGGAGAGAAGCAUGAUUACGGCCUGGAAGGCGCCGUCAUGUCGUCCGAUAUGUCGCCCGUUGCGGCUCCCGCAUCGACAUCAUCGGACAUGGUAGUAGACGACGACAACGGGGAGGGCAUCAACACCUCAUCGACCUCAUGGGAAGCGAUCCGCCGCCAAGGCACCGGUAGUCAAUCCGCCUGGGACCGUCUACGGAAUCCCUCCCGCUCCUCCCCCACCGACGCCCCCACCGACGCCCCCACCGACCCAUUCCCCAGCCCCGCCCCAACAACCACCACCCCCGCACCCACAUCCAUCCCCCGCACCCACGCCGACCUCCUCGAAAAAGAACGCCUAGGCCACCUCCGCCGCACACCCUACGGCGACCUGGACACGCCCGCCAUCCAGCCGGUCGGCGGACGCGGCAUGCUCGGGCCCUAUGGCGACACCGUGGCUGCCACGCCCGCGGGCAUGGCGAAUAUACCGAGGACGAGGGAGGAGCUGGAGGAGGUGGUGGGGAGUGGACGGGUUAAGAGGAAUCGGUGGGGGGAUUUGGUGGCCGAGUGAGGGGGAUGAGAGAUGUUGUGGGGCCUUUAUUGAGGGAGGCAUUGUAUGUAUCACAUCACGACGACGCUGUAUAUCGU